AUGGUUAAGAAGGCGCCCUCGGCUGCUCCCGCUCCGACUCCUACUCCUGUGCGCGCUGCAAGAGCCACCAGGCCAAAGACCAGCAGUCGCCUCAGUAGCACCGACGCAGCGGAGGACGAUCGUGUGGUCGCGCCAAUGGAGGUCGAUCCACCCAAACCCAAGCGAGCUGCUGCCCGUGCUGCUACUGCUGCUGCUGCCACUGCUGCUACACCAGCAGUACAAGUGGCUAGUACUACUAUUGCUGCUCCGCGAGGCAAGGCCAGCAAGGCAGCCGCACCUGUCCCUGCCACUUCAAUCUCAGAGCCGCUGAGCAAGACCGCUCAGAAGAAGGCCACUGCACCAACCAACCAAGGAUCUCAGACUGUGAGCUACCAUCUUCGUGCUCGCAAACCCAUUCAGGUUGCAAUUGCGCGUACUGGCAAGACGAGCUCAGCUUCCAGUAGUGGCGUCCCCACAACCAUCCGCAGCAAGCGUCGGGCUGCUGAACUGGCCGGGGAGAACACCUCAACAGCCAAGAAGAACAAGAAGAAGGCUCGUCAAACGGAUGCUGACGAUGCUGACGACGGCGACUACGAGGACUGCGAGGACGACACUGCUGGCGAGGACGACGACAACCAGGACAGCAAGAAGCUCAGCAGGGAGGAAGCGAUUGGUGAAGCUCUCCUGCAAAACACCACACUGACUACGCUCGACUUGGGCGAGUGUGUGAUUGACUUCAAGAAUGCUAGAAUGCAGCCGAUUGCGGCAGCGUUAGUGCAGAACAAAACGCUGACGACACUCCGGACUCAAAAUUACAUUGACGCAGUAAUGUCCGAUGCACUGACGCAAAGCACCACACUGACUGAACUCUCGGGUUACCUCGAUGCCAAUGGAGCGCGAUCGAUGGCAAAGGCACUGACGCAGAACGCCACGUUGACCACGCUCCAUUUACACUCGGGUAAAUUCGACUCGGCAGAAUCAAACCCGAUUGCCGCCAUCCUGAAGCAAAACUCGACACUGACCACGCUCGUGUUGUAUGGUCCUCAGAUUGGAGACUUUGGAGCUCAAGCGAUUGGAGAAGCGCUGAAACCAAACACCACUUUGACUGCACUCCGCUUGAUCUGCAACGACAUUGGCAGCGCUGGAACGCAAGCGAUUGGAGAGGCACUCAAGAGCAACUCGGCAUUGACUACGCUUGUUUUGGAUAACAACAAGAUUGGCGAAGCUGGCGGACUUGCGAUCGCUGAUGUUCUGGUGUGCAACAAGACGCUGACCACGCUUUCGCUGUAUUGGUGUUCGAUUGGAGAUGCUGGAGUUGAAGCGAUUGUUCACGCGCUCGAGCAGAACACGACGUUGUCCUCCCUCAAUUUGAACAACAAUAUCAUUCUCGGUUGUGGCACGCAGGCGGCGCUACCACGGAUGCUUCAAGUGAACACGACGCUGACUGAACUUGAUCUGGGCGACAAUAGAUUGAACAGCGUUGGAUUCCAAGCAAUUGCAGAAGCGCUCGCGCAAAACACUUCUCUCACGACACUCUCACUUAUGGGAAACGCAAUGGAAGUAGCCGGAGCGCAGGCGAUUGCUACAGCACUCAAGAGCAACACCACACUGACCACACUCAAUCUGGAUCACAGUCGAUUUGGUGAUGCCGGUGCGCAGGCCAUUGCGGAUGCUCUUCGGCAGAACAAGACGCUUACGACUCUGCAUCUCAAGCACUGCAGGAUUGGCACCGCUGGACUCCAAGCGAUCAGUGGAGCACUCGCGCAGAACAACACGCUGACCACGCUCAAUCUUUCAUGGAACCCGAUUGACGAUGCUGGUGCCAACAGCAUUGCCGAAAUGCUGAAGUCGAACACAAGUUUGAUCACUCUCGAUCUGAGUUGGAGCCCGCUUUGUUUUAAAGUGCACUUGAUUGCGGAAGCACUCAAACAGAACACCACGCUUACGACACUCGAUUUAUCUCGCAAUAAUAUUGGCGCUGUUGGAGCGCAGAUCAUUUCCGAGGCUCUGAAGCAGAACAGGACUCUGACGACGCUGUGUCUGAAUGAAAAUCACAUUGGCACUGCUGGUGUGAAACCUAUUGCCGAGGCGCUCAAAGUGAACACCGCGCUGACCACGCUCGAGUUGGAGGAUUGUUCCAUCGGUGAUUCUGAAGCGCAGGCAAUUGCACCUGGCCUUGUGCAGAACACGACUCUAACCUCGCUCAAACUAGGGAACAACGUGCUUGGCGAUGCUGGAGCGCACGCGAUUGCUGAGGUCCUGAAGCAAAAUUCCAAGCUCACCUGCCUCAAGGUGACGGCUCGCUUUGUUGACUCAGGAGUGCAAAUGAUCGCAGCCGCACUCAAACAGAACACUGCGCUGACCACGCUCGAAUUGCGAGGUUGGAACAACUACAACCCUGAAUUCGAGCGUGAAAUGUCAGAACCAUUGAUCACAGAGCGUCUACUAUUGCGGUUGCGUAAUCCGAGUGAUUUUGGGCUUUCAUACGCCUUUAUGCAGGUUUCCAGGCUUUACUUGCGUGAGAACAUUGUUGACUCUGCUGGAGUGCAAGUGAUUCAAGAGGUUCUGAGUUUGACCAAACCAAGCAAGCUUGAGAUUCCCUUUGGCGUUGACUCCUUUGGAGCGCAAGUCAUUGCAACAUCGCUCAAGCAGAACUCUUGGAUGACAGAGCUCGAUUUGAGUUGCCAUCCGAUUGGUGCGAUUGGAGCCCAAGCGAUUGCAGAGGCGCUGACGCAGAACGCCAAGCUCACUAUACUCAAUCUGAGUUCCACUCUGCUCGGAGAUGCAGGAGCGGAAGCGAUUUCCAAGGCACUCAGGGUAAACACGACACUGACCACGCUAAACCUGCGCGAGUGUUGGAUUGGCAGUGCAGGAGCGCAGGCGCUGGCGGAGGAAUUGAAGCAAAACGUGGGAUUGACGUCGCUCGACCUGUCCCGCAAUUCUAUCGGCGAUAGUGGUGCAAAUGCGAUGGCGGCAGUGAUUUCGCAGAACACAACACUGACGACUCUCGAUCUCGGGAUGAAUCAUAUUGGCGAUGCUGGCGCCGAAAGGUUGGCAGAAGCGCUCCUGCGAAACACCACGCUCAAAGUACUCGAUUUGUGGUAUAACGAAAUCGGGGAAGCCGGAGAGCUUGCGUUGGACAACGCACUCGACCAGAAUUCUGCACUUGACUGGCUCAACUUGAACGAGAAUCAACCGCCGAAUUAA